GUUUCUCUGACGGAUGGUUUGUGAAAAACAACGCAGAGGAUCUCAUCUUAACUCAUUUCUACCUAUUCUUGGUUCUCUCCCCUCCUAUCUUGUACAUUAUCGUUUCUAUCCUUCACAUACAAUCACUCAUCUAUACUAGAUCUUCCAUACUUCCACAAACAACGCAUUUCCUUUCAUCUUAUUCUUCUGAUCUCAACAGACCGGGUCUCAUCUCCCUCCUCGCCCACCCUUGAGGAAACACGCCCACUUUCUCUCCCCACGGAAAGAGCAAACCAUACAACCAUGGGCAGCAUCUCCCUCUCCCAGACGGAUCCCACCGCCACCAAGAACACAGACCUCCCAACCCUCAAAACCCCAUGGCACCCGACCCCGUUAAUCGAAUCCACCACCCUCUCCCGCGCCGCCGGGUGCCGGAUCUUCCUGAAGCUGGAGAACCUGCAACCGAGCGGCUCCUUCAAGUCGCGGGCCAUGGGCAACCAGAUCCUGUCGCACCUGCGCAAGCCCGAGCACGCCCACCGCGCCGUCCACUUCUACGCCUCCUCCGGCGGCAACGCGGGGCUGGCCGCCGUCUGCGCCGCCCGCACCCUCGGCUACCCCUGCACCGUCGUGGUGCCCGUCUCCACCAAGCCCCUGAUGGUGACGAAGCUGCGGCGCGCCGGGGCGGCGGACGUCAUCCAGCACGGGGAGACGUUCGCCGAGGCCGGCUUGUACAUGAAGGAGGUUGUCAUGCAGACACAAUCUUCUGGAGAGGAGGGGGAGGAGGAGGUGGUCAAGAUCGCGCUGCAUCCGUUUGAUAAUGAGCCCAUCUGGGAGGGCAAUAGUACUAUCGUCGAUGAAUUGGUGCAUCAGAUCCCUUCGCCGGUGGGGCCGGAGGAGGAGGCUGCGCAGGCUGGAAGGGCGUUGCCUGUCGAUGCGAUUAUUUGUAGUGUCGGGGGAGGCGGGUUGUUGAAUGGGUUGGUCGCGGGGAUUGAGCGGGCGCGGUUGUCAUCGUCGUCGUCGUUGGCUGAGCUGGUCAAGCCGGUGCAUCUGCUCGCCGUGGAGACCAAGGGCACGGAUUCCCUGGCCGCCGCGCUGCAGCACGAGGAGCUGGUCUCCCUGCCCAAGAUCACCUCGCAGGCUACCUCGUUGGGCGCGGUGCGCGUCUCCGAACGCACCUUCCAGUAUGCCGUGCACCCGCCCCCGGGCGUCAAGGUGCACAGUGCCGUGUUGUCGGAUGCGGAGGCGGCCAGGGGCGUGUUGCGGCUCGCGGACGAGGAGCGGAUGUUGGUGGAAUUGGCGUGUGGGGUGUGUGUCGAGGCGGCCGUUGGCGGUGGUUCGUCGUCGUCAGCAAACAAGAAAAGGAAGUAUGUGGAUGAAGGCUACGGCGAUGAUCGGCUGUCGGCUGGGGAGAAUGACGACGACGAGGGCUUCUCGCCCGUGCACCCCCCUUCGCCUGCGGCGGCAUCGCUGUCGUCGAAAUUGAAUCAGUUGAUCCCCGACUUGAACGAGGACAGCCGCGUGGUCAUCGUCGUCUGUGGCGGCAGCAAUGUCACCGUCGAUAUGGCGGCGGAAUGGCGGAAGAUGCUGAGUGAGGGCUGGGCUUGACUGCGUUGGGAGGUUGGGUUGUGUCCUAUACGAAUAGAUAGGCUGCUCUCUGGGUUCAGAACCUGGAUGCGUAGGUCUCCUC